UUCUGCAUGUGUGUGAAGAGGCUAUUACACUAUGUUAACAGCUGAUAGAGCUGCCACCCCACCACACAGUUAUGUUGACACUUGGUCCCUAUUGGCGCGAAUGUUUUAAGAUUAUUCUUUUGCACCACACGAUGAAACGAGCCAAAACAACAAAGGCAGGCCCCCCCAAAAAAAACUCCAAAAAGCAAACAGACAGCCCCAAAGAAGACCCCAAAAGUGGCCAUGAAAGCACAGAUGAGGAGGCUUCUCCUUCAAAGGCUUCUUUUGUUUCCAAGCCGGACUACCAAAACUUCGAACAGUUCCUAACCCACCUGGAAGUGCAGCGAGCCGAUACGGCAGCCAGCAUCCAGGAGUUUUCCUUCCGAAAGAAACGAGUGCGGGUUUUAUCGAAAAUCGAGGAUGUGGAGGAAUCCAGCCAAGGAGGGGUCGUGUACUGGAUGUCCCGGGAUGGUCGCGUUCAAGAUAAUUGGGCCCUGCUCUUCGCUCAGCGUUUAGCUCUCAAGCUAGAACUGCCUUUGGCAGUGGUUUUUUGUCUGGUUCCCAAGUUUUUAAAUGCCACUAUAAGGCACUACAAGUUCAUGAUGGGCGGCUUGCAAGAGGUGGAACAGCAGUGCCGCACUCUGGACAUUCCAUUCCACCUGCUAAUGGGUCCGGCCGUGGAGCGCCUGCCGGAAUUUGUGAAAUCCAAUGAUAUAGGAGCCGUGGUCUGCGACUUCGCCCCGCUGCGUCUGCCGCGCCAAUGGGUCGAUGAUGUGGGCAAGGCGCUCCCCAAGAAUGUGCCACUUGUACAGGUCGAUGCCCAUAAUGUGGUCCCACUGUGGGUGACUUCUGACAAACAGGAGUACGCUGCUCGCACUAUUCGCAACAAGAUCAACUCCAAGCUAGGGGAGUUUCUCAGCGAAUUUCCACCGGUGGUCCGGCAUCCCCAUAGAUCGCGAUGCAAAGAGGCGAAAAUUGUGGACUGGCCAGCUGCCUUUGCCAAGCUGGAGUGCGACAUGGAUGUAGACGAGGUACAGUGGGCACAACCGGGUUACAAGGCUGCCUGCCAGCAACUCUACGAUUUUUGCAGCCGUCGCCUGCGUAAUUUUAAUGAUAAACGCAAUGAUCCCACGGCAGAUGUCUUGUCCGGUCUCUCACCUUGGCUGCACUUUGGGCAGAUUUCAGCCCAGCGUUGCGCUCUAGAGGUGCAGCGCUUCCGUGGCCAACACAAGGCUUCGGCGGAUGCCUUUUGCGAGGAGGCCAUUGUGCGUCGUGAGCUGGCGGACAACUUUUGUUACUACAAUGAGCACUACGACAACCUAAAAGGUCUGAGCUCGUGGGCGUAUCAAACCCUGGAUGCCCACCGCAAGGAUAUAAGAGAUCCCUGUUACGGCCUAGAGGAAUUAGAGAAGUCCCUAACGUACGACGACCUGUGGAACUCGGCACAAUUGCAGCUGGUGCGCGAGGGUAAGAUGCACGGCUUCUUACGCAUGUAUUGGGCCAAAAAGAUUCUCGAAUGGACCGCCACCCCGGAACAGGCGUUGGAGUAUGCGAUCCUACUGAACGACAAGUAUAGCCUCGAUGGACGCGAUCCCAACGGCUAUGUGGGCUGUAUGUGGUCCAUCGGCGGUGUCCAUGAUAUGGGAUGGAAGGAACGCGCCAUUUUCGGAAAGGUUCGGUACAUGAACUAUCAGGGCUGCCGGCGCAAAUUUGAUGUCAACGCCUUUGUCAUGCGUUACGGGGGCAAGGUGCAUAAAAAGAAAUAAACCUUGUAUGUCUUUGCCUUAGUUUUAAAUGCAAUCCAAAA